ACAAGAUUAAAACUACAUUUUUGCAGGACUAUGAUAUAUGUAAACAAGGAGACAUUUUAAACUUCCAAACACAUCCACUUGUGUAUAUCUGUGUACAUUAAAUGGGAAAAAGACAAGAAAAUUCACAGAAUCACCUUGAACUUAAGUCUGUGGUGUACAACAUGCGCUUUGGUGUAGACGUUUAAUAAAAGUACCCGUUUUCUUUCCACCUCAGUCAGAAACGAGUUUUGUUGCUCUCGGUACUUGAAAGCCUCAUUGUUUGUGUUUCCCAGCGGACCCUGAAGGCAGCACAGCCUGUUCUGUUUGGUGAUUGGCUGCGGUUGCUAUGAGCGGCUGCCGUUGCUACGGUAACGUGUCUUAAGGAGGGAUUUGGUCAAUCAGAGUUUCAGACUCUCUGAGCGUCGUCAAGAAGUCGCCUUGCUAGCAUGCUAACAUGCUAACCCGGGAAUGUUUACAGGUGAAAAACGGGAAACCGAACAACGGAAACGGUAGAAAAGAUUCCGCCGUGAGCGAAUAUCAGCCGCAGAGACUGAUGGGAAACUGAGGAGAAGGUUUUUAAAUUAUUUAACAGUAUCCGUUCACCAGCCUGCUAGCACUGCUGCUAGCCUGCUAACGGCUAACCGAGCUGUUAGCAGUUUAAAAAGUUUCUGGAGCUCGCUGGCGGCGGUGACAGAGGCCAGGAACUAGACGGAUCCAUGACGGUGGAGGGAGUGCAGCACUCCCCGGUCCUGUCUGCCCUGUUCAGGAUGGCAGAGGACUCCGAGCUGCUGGGAGCCGCGCAGUUUAUUAAAGAGCGCCUGUACUUCGCCACGUUACGCAGCAAACCCAAAAGCACCGCCAACACUCACUACUUCUGCACCGACGACGAGUUCCUCUACGAAAAUUUCUAUGCAGACUUUGGUCCUCUGAAUCUGGCCAUGUUGUACCGAUACUGCUGCAAACUCAACAAGAAGCUGAAGUCGUUCACUCUGACCAGGAAGAGAAUCGUUCACUACACCAGCUUCGACCAGAGGAAGAGAUCCAACGCCGCCGUGCUGAUCGGAGGCUACGCUGUGAUCUACCUGAAGAAAACUCCAGAAGAAGCCUAUAGAGCUCUGAUCUCUGGUUCCAACGCCUCCUACCUGCCCUUCAGGGACGCUUCCUUCGGGAACUGCACCUACAACCUGACGGUGCUGGACUGUCUGCAGGGCAUCAGGAAGGCUCUGCAGCACGGCUUCUUUGACUUUGAGACCUUCGACGUGGACGAGUACGAGCACUACGAGCGGGUGGAGAACGGAGAUCUGAACUGGAUCGUGCCGGGGAAGUUUCUGGCCUUCAGCGGACCUCAUCCUAAAACUAAAGUAGAGAGCGGUUACCCCCUCCACGCCCCCGAGGCGUACUUCCCGUACUUCAGGAAACACAACGUGACCACCGUCGUCCGUCUGAACAAGAAGAUCUACGACUCCAAACGCUUCACCGACGCCGGCUUCGACCACUACGACCUCUUCUUCUUAGACGGCAGCACGCCCAGUGACAUCAUCACACGCCGCUUCCUGCACAUCUGCGAGACUACGGAGGGCGCUGUGGCUGUCCACUGCAAGGCUGGUCUCGGCAGGACGGGCACUCUGAUUGGCUGUUACCUGAUGAAACACUACCGCUUCACGGCAGGCGAGGCCAUCGCCUGGAUCAGGAUCUGCAGACCGGGAUCUGUGAUUGGACCACAGCAGAACUUCUUGGAGGAGAAGCAGCCAGCGCUAUGGUUGCUAGGCGACAGCCAGCGUUCCCAGAAGGCCAAGCUGGAGGAGAGGGCGGUGUCUCACCUCAUCACCAGUAUGGACAACAUCACCUUAAACUCCGCCCACAACUCUACAAACUCCGCCUACAACAGCAACCCGAGCAAAUCCCCGAGCUCCGACCGUCUGACCGAGAGUGAGUCGGUGGACAGCGGACCAGGUCUGACUCAGGGAGACAAACUGAGAGCCUUAAAGAGCAGACGUCCCCCCCGCCCCGCCACCACCGGAGCUCUCAGAGUGGAGGAGAUGAAGACGCACAGCAGAUCCGCCUCUCAGCCGCUCAGAUUGUCGAUGGGUGUCGGUCAGGGCCCCUCCUCCCCCCUCAAGUCCUCCAAGUUCCCAGCAUCCUCUGCUUCUGCUGCAGCCAAGAGGAUCGGAAGAAGUCCGUUGCCAACAGCGUCCAACAUCAGGAGCUCUCGGUUGGCCAGCUCUCUCUGUGAUCUUUACGCUGCAGAUGUGGAGGAGGACAAAAACACUCCGUACUCCUCUCUUCCUCCCCCCUCCUCCUCCUCUGUGUCUCUCAGCCCCUCCCUCCUCUCUGGCCCCGCCCCUCUGUGUCGUUAUGGUAACGGCCCUCGCAGCGUGCAGCAGGAGGUCAACAACAACAGCGGUCUGUGGGGCCCUGCGGCGCCCCCCGCAGGGGAAAGCUCCGGCUUCGUCCACAGCGGCAGGCCGGGGCCUCCGGACUUCAGCCUGUACAGGGGCCCGGGGCCCUACAGCGCUCUGAAGGGCCCGUCGGGACGCUACCUGAGCCGCUCCAUACCUUCUCUUCAGUCUGAGUACGUCCAGUACUAGAACUACAGAUCUGACCUGAGGACACAUUACCCACAACCCCCUCUGUGUGGGAGCUCAAAGGGAAGCUCGGUGAAGAGACUGCGUGUGAAUACGAUGCAACGGACGACGCAGAAGACGAUAUAUUUAGAUAAAGAAGACACAUUUUAUAUUUCGUAUUUGUGACAGAAGACAUAUUUUUGUUUUUAAAGAGGUUUUUUUGAUAAACUGAAGGAUCAGCUGACGACAACUCUCUCUGUCGUCGUGGUUACAGUAUUCACUUCCUGUUUCUGAUCAGUUAACCAGCAGAUUGUGUUGAUGUGAUUGGUCAGUGUUCUUUAACAGCAAUAAUAAUAAUAGAAGAAGAAGAAGAGACCCAAAAACAGACUGUCAGCAACCAAACUCAGGGGACCGCGUGAAGGGGGCGGGGCCAGCAGCGGGUAACGCCCACUCAGCCUUAAAGUAGUUUUUGAUUGGUUCUGUCGUCGUUUAGAAAGAAUUUCCGGCGAUAAUCAUGUCGGAUGACGAACGAGCUACAGACAGACGGCAGAUGUAUUUAACGGAGAGCUGCAGGUGAACACGUCUUCUAAUGGCUUUUAUCUCUUACACAAGUUUAUUACCAACGGAUCAAAUGUCAGUUACCGACUCUAAAACUCAAUAACAGCAGGAAUCGAGCUAAAUUUGUGUCGUGUUACUCGUAAAUACUUAAGAUGCUGAAUAUUUUGCGUUUUUGUAGUUGAAGUGUCGCGUUGUGUUGAAGUGUUUCAUGACAAACCGGAGACACGCGGAGGCUCUGAACUGGUUUUCAUUUCGUUUCCAGCCUCUGUUCCUCUGUCUCUGCAAACCAGCAGCUUCCUCAGGGGUUCAGGUGCUGAGUCCAGCCUCCGCUGAGGCGUUCACUGAACAGGAAAUGUAGGAAAAGACAAAAUGGCUGUUUGUCCUUUAAUGAGCAAAUCAGCAAACAAGGAACAGAUGGACAUUUGUUAAAAACCACUUCUCUUGUUUUCAGACGAGAAGAACGAGAUAAAAUGGCGUGAAUUAAUCCUCCUUUGAUGUGGUUCGACGCCCCUAAAUUAACCAGUUAGGUCGAAUUUGAAAAGACUUUCCCCUUAAUUUCCACAUCAGUUAGAAUCUAAACUAAAGAGGCUCAAACAGGAAGUGUUGAACUGCUCCUUUAAGCGUGUUUUUGAUCAUGUGACGCCUGCUGCUUUACAAAUAUUUAAAUUCUUGUUUGUGUCUUUAAAGUCUGUCGUGUCAGCUGAUUGGCUGCUGGAGAUCAGCUGACCUUCACUUUCAUGUCACAUACCUUUCAUACGUGUGUCACCUGUCACCUGCGUGUCACAUGACUCCUGAGUUUUUCACAUUAAAAGCUCCAGGGACCAACACAGAAAAAUUCAAUGUUUGAAAAAAACCCACCUGUUUAGCGAGCGCUAUUAUCGGCCUACAACUUCCUGUGACUGAGUCAGUUUACCUGUGAGUCCACAGGUGAAACACAUUGUCAGUUAUUAAUAUGUUUAAUGAUAUUAAUAUAGUAAGUAAAUCAAAAGGCUCCUCUGAAGUCACUGAAGUGCCUUCGACGUGUUAAAACUCCGUUUGAGGAGUUUCAGUCGACAUGUAAACGCAGCAGCAGAGGGCUUUUAUUUUGAAUGUUUAAAUGAAGAACUUCCUGUUUUUAAUGUCACAUUCAAGUAUUUUAUGAAGAGAAAAGUUAGAAAAUAACUUGUAGAGUUUUUCUUUAAACUGACAGCAGAGUUUCUAUCUGAGCAAUAACAAAAUAAAAGACUGAAUCUUG